AUGCCCCCCACACCCUGCUCCCUCUGCUUUACAGCCCGCGCCCUCGUCAAACGCCCGAAAACUGGACAGCAAGUGUGCAAGGACUGCUUCUUUGAGGUUUUCGAGACCGAAGUCCACAAUACGAUCGUGCAAGAGGGCGACCGUAUUUUCCAGCGAGGAGAGAGGGUUGCUAUCGGGGCCAGUGGAGGAAAAGAUUCUACGGUUCUGGCACAUGUCCUUUCGGUCCUGAAUAAGCGGUAUGACUAUGGAUUGGACUUGUUCUUGUUGUCCAUCGACGAAGGCAUUACUGGAUAUCGAGACGACUCAUUGGAGACCGUCAAGCAAAAUCAGAAAGAGUACGGGCUUCCGCUCAAGAUCCUUUCAUAUUCAGAGCUUUAUGGAUGGACCAUGGACCGGAUAGUCGAUCAAGUCGGCAAAAAGAACAACUGUACUUUCUGUGGUGUAUUCCGACGUCAAGCAUUGGAUCGAGGCGCCGCCCAAUUAGGCGUCGACCAUAUCGUCACUGGGCACAAUGCUGAUGACAUUGCUGAGACUGUUUUGAUGAACAUCAUGAGGGGUGAUAUUGCGCGAUUGGCGAGGUGCACGGCUGUGACGACGCAAAGCGAAGACACGAUCAAGAGAAGCAAGCCGUUCAAGUAUGCGUACGAGAAGGAAAUUGUCAUGUAUGCCUACUUUAAAAAGCUUACUUACUUUUCCACAGAGUGUAUAUACUCUCCCGAUGCCUACCGAGGCCACGCCCGAGUAUUCCUCAAAGACCUCGAAGCCGUCCGCCCCAGCGCCAUCGUUGACAUCAUCCAUUCCGGCGAAUCAUUCAUGCUGGAGCAGAGCGUGCAGAAGGGUAUGAAGGCUAUGCAAACGUGUUUGAGGUGUGGAUAUAUAUCAUCAAAUGAUCUCUGUAAAGCGUGUGCUCUGCUCGAAGGUCUCGAGUCCGGUCUCUCCCGUUCCGCCCUGCGCCAAACUCAAGAUAGCACCUCCGCAGCUCCCUCCGGCCACCGUACCAUCCCCAAAUACGAGCGGUACUCGUCCCAGCAUCCUACAGGCGCUCCAGUAGCUGUUGGAGGAGUGGAGGGGAUUGAGAAGCCGUUGAAGGCUAUAGAGAUAUCAUAG